AAGCCCACAGCUUCCGGCGCACCCAGCGGCGGAAGUCGACCACAGGGCCGACUCCUUCAGUAGUGGGUCCGGAGGCGCUGGAAACGCGUCCGUUAUGCUGGUGGCGGCGUCCGCAGAGCGGAACAAGGAACCCAUCCUGAGCGUCCUUCGGCAGUACGUGGACCCAGCCCAGCGCGGCGUCCGCGUGCUCGAGGUGGCCUCCGGCUCCGGCCAGCACGCCGCACACUUCGCGCAAGCCUUCCCGUACGCCGAGUGGCAGCCAUCUGACGUGGACCAGCGCUGCCUGGAUAGCAUCGCCGCCACAACUCAGUCCCAGGGACUGUCCAAUGUGAAGGCCCCUCUGUACCUGGACGUGACCUGGGAGUGGCAGCGGUGGGGUGACAUCCUGCCACAGUCGCUGGACUUGCUGCUGUGCAUCAACAUGAUCCACAUCAGCCCCCUGAGCUGCACGGAGGGGCUCUUCAGAGCAGCGGGGCACCUGCUCAAGCCCAAGGCUGUGCUUAUCACUUACGGGCCCUACGCCAUCAAUGGGAAGAUUUCUCCUCAGAGCAACGUGGACUUUGAUCUAACCCUCAGAUGCAGGAACCCAGAGUGGGGGCUUCGGGACACAGCUUUCUUGGAGGAUUUGGGACAGGCCAAUGGCCUUCUCCUGGAGAAGAUGGUGGACAUGCCAGCCAAUAACAAGUGCCUAAUUUUCCGGAAAGAAUAACCCUUUCCUUCAUCCUGCAUGCCUGCAUCCCUGUCAAAGUUUUUCUUGGGCACAAACCAGACUCUGGCUCCUGAUGUCUGGGCCAGGAUCUGGGAAUGACCACCCCCAUCAAGUCUGACCUGUCAAGAGCCUAGGCCCAGUUGGCCUUGGAAUAAAGUGUUUUCUGCUGUC